AUCUGAACUUAACGAGGCUCCUGACUCCGCAGCGUGAGGCUGUGAUUUUGACUCCUGACAACAAUGUGGCUGACGGGCCUGAGGUUUGCUCUCCUGCUCUGGGUUCCUGCUGCGCUGGCUGCUGCGAGUGGCCGGGACCUGUGCGGCGCUCCCACCCUGACUCACGGUUAUUUCCUCCCGGUGCGCGAGUCUUAUCCCCACGACUCACAGGUGACGUACAGCUGCGACGCGGGAUACAAAACCACAGUGGAGGGAUGGUGGGCGACAAUCGUGUGUCAAGAUGGCGACUGGUCCGACAAACCGAAGUGUGUUGUGGAGACGGCCUGCCUUCCUCCGGUUAUUCCAAACGGACAAUUGAACCCAAACCCAAACGGCUCGUUGGAGGUGAGCUGCAAGGCGGGAUAUUCGCUAAACGGCCAGGAGAACAUCAUGGAAUGUCUCAAUGGGACGUGGUCCGCGAUGCCGCUGUGUCAGAAGCACCGCAGUGCAUGCGGCCAACCUCCAGCUGUCACCAAUGCGGUCGUGACUCGGACGCACCAGGAGAUGUUUGAUGAGUUUUCCACGGUGGAGUAUCAGUGCAGAGAUGGAUUUCUCACAGAAGACAGCGAGUUCAAAACAACUGCCAACUGCGAGGCUGGAAAAUGGGUCAGAACUCCACGUUGCACUCGAGCUGCCGGCCCAGGAUCCCCAGACACUCAGACUACUUUCGUAUCCAUCGAUAAUUGUGGAGACAUCCCUCAUGUUCAAAACGGAGUUGUUGUGGAACAGACUCAACAGAAUUUGAAAUACGAGUGUCAGAGGUUUUACAAAAUGGUGGGUCUUGAGACAGUGGUGUGUUACAGAGGUGGCAUUUGGUCCAAAGUCCCCAAAUGUAAAGAGAACUUCUGUCAUCUGAACACUACAGAGUAUCCUGACCUAAUAAAUACUGGCGAUGUAUUUAUCAUGAAUGGAGAAACAGUCAAAUCGAAAUGUGUUGAUAAAUGGAAGACUGAAAAUCACGCUGUGGUUCGAUGCAUUGAGGGGAAACUCAGUGUUUCCAGAUGUUGCAGCUGGAUGCAACCUUUAGGAUGCUGAGGCGCCAUUGAAGAUCUGACUGUCUUGGGCUGAGCUGAUGGACUGAGAGCAAAUGGAAACAUGAACCCAUUUGAAACAACUUGAGAUUGAAUGCGUUGCUCACCACCAGGCUGGAUGUUUUCAUUAUGUUCUAGCAUACCAAUAAAGUUAAAUCUUUUA